UGUCAAUAUGGACAAUCAGAGGAAAAUUAAAAGGAAUCAAAGCUUAAAAACCGAAAACCAUUAUUCAUUUUCAUAUCACCCACUGGAAACCAAAUUAAUCCCAUCUUUUUUCUGAAACAAAAAAUCUGCCUUUUUUCUUAAAAAUCUGGUUAAUCUUCAAUAGUUCUCUUUCUCCGCCUUUCUUUUUCUCUGCCCCUGCACAAUCAUUGCUGAUUGAAAUACUUUAGCCCGACAACAAAAAAAGAAAAAAAAAAAUCAACACUCCAAAUUUUAUCUCCUUUGAUCUCGCAGUGUUUUCUUAGCUCUGUCGAAUUACAUCUUGUACAAGUUACAAAAUCGAAUCUUGUUAACUUCUUGCUGCUGGGUUUUGGGUUUUCAGUCUCUUCCCAAAAAAUAGCGAGAAAGAAUAGGAAAAAAUGGGAUUUUGAAGAAAAAAAAAAGCUGUCUUUUUUUAUGUUCUUUUUAUAGAGUUUUGAACUAAUGGAAGGUGCUGAUAAUAGCUUAAACAGCGGUGGAGUAAGAGUGGUGGGUUCAGAUUCUCCCUCCGAGUACCACGUGGCACCUCGCACCACCAGCGAAAACCCACCUCAGGCAACUGGAUCGUCGCCACCUGCAGCUGCGACGGUAGCUCCGGCACCAGUUUCCGCCGCGCAUCCGCCGGGCCCUGCCGACGCUGCCGGCGGAGUUGGAAUUGGAGCCGCGUCCAUCUCGAAGAAGAAAAGGGGCAGGCCUAGGAAGUACGGCCCCGACGGCUCGGUGGCUGCUAAAGCCCUCUCACCUAAGCCGAUUUCAUCCUCGGCCCCGCCGCCGGUGAUCGACUUCUCCGCCGUCGGGAAACGAGGGAAGGUCCGGCCUGUCACCUUGCCCGCUAAAGUGCCGGAGCCUCUCAGAGUGGAGUAUGACGGUUUGGGUAUGCGAAAUGGGGAGUGGGUUUCAUGUUCUGUUGGUGCUAAUUUUACUCCGCAUAUAAUCACUGUCAAUACUGGAGAGGACGUCACAAUGAAAAUUAUAUCAUUCUCUCAACAAGGACCUCGAGCAAUAUGCAUUCUCUCAGCCAAUGGUGUAAUUUCGAGCGUCACUCUUCGUCAAGCUGAUUCUUCUGGUGGCACAUUGACAUAUGAGGGUCGGUUCGAGAUAUUGUCGUUGACCGGGUCAUUUAUGCCCUCCGAGACUAGAGGGAUUAGAAAUCGGUCGGGUGGAAUGAGCGUGUCUUUGGCGAGUCCCGAUGGCCGUGUUGUUGGCGGUGGAGUCGCAGGCUUGUUAGUUGCUGCCAGUCCAGUCCAGGUCGUGGUGGGAAGUUUUCUAGCGGGCAGCCAGCUCGAGCAGAAGACCAAAAAACACAAACCCGAGUCUGUGACCAUAAUAUCAGCUGGCUCUAUACCCUUAGUCAAUAAUGUGGGGAUGGAAGAUACAUACAAUAAUUCCCCUUCUUUCCGUGGAGAUAGUUGGUCUUCAUUACCUCCCGACUCUAGGACUAAGCCCACCGACAUCAAUGUCACCUUAGCUGAAUAAUUUGAAAGUAGUCGAUUUUCUGCUCGUGAUUGUGAUUGACGGACCAGAUAAGAGAAAUUCAUGGAUAUAUCACCGUGUCAGUAUGUAUUUGAUGAAUCUUGGUCUUCUUUUGAUUGCAUUUUUUCUUGAUUGUGUAGUGAUUCUCUAGCGUGUUAGGAUUGGCUUUUUCUUUACUCGUCGAGCAUUGUGUUGUAGGAUGAUUUUUUAGAUGUUCAUUUAAGUACUCGGGAUUAAAAUGCAAUCGUCCUUUGUCAUAUGCGUUUUAGUGUUGCUUUAGAGUUGUUCGAGCUAUGGUUUGUUGGCCCUUGGAUCCUCUUAUGUAUCGAUUUUCGAUGUGUAAUUUUGGUUGGCGAUCGAGCAUUGGUUAAUGUUAAGACGCGUUUUACAGAUGAUUAUCAGUGUUGUUCUUUGCCAAGAAAGGUGUUUAAGGGGUGAUUUGCAGGUAUAAUUGUUGUGAUUUUUGUCCAGCAUCUAUGAUUUUGGAAAUUGUGAAUGUUUGAAU